AUGUGCAAACUGAUUAGAAAUUAUAAAGAGUCCGGACGAACUACCACAACUACGUCAAGUCAUACUAUUCCCAAGAUCGGUCCUGAUCGACGUUUCUCCACGGGAACGUUGAAUAGGCGUGUUGUAUUCUCUCUACUAAUUUUGGUUGCACAAGCGUUAGAAUCUGAAGUAGAAUAUCGACGACAAACCGAUGUAAAUAGCAAUCGAAUAGUUAUUGUUCUGAGAACUAUUAAUUUGAUAUUAUUGUUCACAAUCGAUGGAUUAAUUGUGAGUGGCGUUGGACAGUACUACUCAGAUUUAGGCGGAAAACGUUCACUGAUGUUAACACCUGAUAAAUGGUAUUACAAUGUUUACUCAAAAUUACCCCUGACCUUUGCUGAAAUGCGAUUGAGUGGUCAAUACUUUGCUACAGCAAUUACUACUGUAAUAUUAAUAAUCACCAUAUUUCUGCAUAUCGUACAAUUAUAUUGCUGCAAAUAUUCUCGUCUACUGUGUAUGUGCUAUUCCUUCUGCGCAGUACCAUUUUCGUUAUUUGUUUUCGGUCUUGAAAUGCAUUAUAGUACAUGUCCGUGGAUCAAUGAUUUCUACCGAGCCGACAUCUUACGUAGGGAUUACACUUCGGUUGAAUCCUAUUUUGAUACACAAUGUGGAAUCAGUGGUUGGGCUUUAGCUGGUGUACGUUUGCACAUAUUUUCACUGCUCUCGUGCAGCUUAUUCAUCAGUGAAGGCUUAGUGAGUGCGUUCUUCCGAUCAGAUGGCGUUCGACAUGGCGGUAAGAUAAAUACAUAAAU